AUGAUUGAACCAAAGAAUGUUGCUAAUGCAUUGAAAGAGGCUGAUUGGAUUAAGGCCGUGCAAGUUGAGCUAAAUGAAUUUGAACGUGAUAAUGUCUGGACUCUUGUUUCCAAACCUCAAGGAAAGACUAUUAUUGGUGCUCGCUGGCAAUCAAGAUCUCAUAUCAUUCUUGAUCAAGUGUAUGUGGAUGAUAUCAUCUUCGGAUCCACUGAUGAAAAGCUAAGUUCAGAAUUCGCGGAGGUCAUGGCCAAGAAAUUCGAGAGGAGCAUGAUGGGUGAACUAACUUUCUUUUCGGGCUUGCAGGUCAAACAAAUAACUGAUGGUAUUUUUGUUUCUCAAGCUAAAUAUAUUGCAGAUAUGUUGAUGAAGUAUGGUUUUUCUGAAUGCAAGCCGACAAAGACACUGAUGUCUUCAUCAGCGUCUAUUGGCACUGAUCCAAGUGGCACUGAUGUGAAUGCAACUCUGUUUUGA